AGCCUGAUAAGCAAGAGGAGAUGCAGCGCUCUUCUUGAAGGCUCCACCCCGGAGCCAUUUGGUUAGCGGGGGAGAAAUCCUGUAGUGGGCUGUGUGCUCUCUCUGCGGAACCGGUCGCCAUGGGAACGGUGGGCAAGCGGAAGUGCGGCCUCCUGCAUGCUUCUCCUUCCGGGUUGGUGCUUCCGCCUUCCCGCGAGCAGUCCGCAUGGGCUGCUGCCGCUUUCGCUGUCUUGUAACGCUGCCGCCGCCGCCGCCGCUCCGAACGUGGCACCGCAUGCUUGGCCCAGAGUUCGUCGUGCCCCCCAAACGACCUCGCAGCAACCUCAUGGCACCGCUCCGGAUCGGGACGCACAACGGCACCUUCCACUGCGACGAGGCGCUGGCAUGCGCAUUGCUUCGCCUCCUCCCAGAGUACCGGGAUGCAGAGAUUGUUCGGACCCGGGAUCCCGAAAAACUGGCUUCGUGUGACAUCGUGGUGGAUGUGGGCGGCGAGUACGACCCUCAGAGACACCGAUAUGACCAUCACCAGAGGUCUUUCACAGAGACCAUGAGCUCCCUGUCCCCUGGGAAGCCGUGGCAGACCAAGCUGAGCAGUGCGGGACUCAUCUAUCUGCACUUCGGGCACAAGCUGCUGGCCCAGUUGCUGGGCACUAGUGAAGAGGACAGCAUGGUGGGCACCCUCUAUGAUAAGAUGUACGAGAACUUUGUGGAGGAGGUGGAUGCAGUGGACAAUGGGAUCUCUCAGUGGGAGGAAGGGGAGCCUCGAUAUGCACUGACCACUACCUUGAGUGCCCGGGUUGCUCGACUUAAUCCUACCUGGAACCAGCCUGAUCAAGACACUGAGGCAGGGUUCAAGCGUGCAAUGGAUCUGGUUAAAGAGGAAUUUCUGCAGAGACUGGAUUUCUACCAACACAGCUGGCUGCCAGCCCGGGCUUUGGUGGAAGAGGCCCUGGCCCAGCGAUUUCAGGUGGACCCAAGUGGGGAGAUAGUGGAACUGGCAAAAGGAGGAUGUCCCUGGAAGGAGCAUCUCUACCACUUGGAAUCUGGGCUGUCUCCCCCGGUUACCAUCACCUUUGUUAUCUACACUGACCAGGCUGGACAGUGGCGGGUACAGUGUGUGCCCAAGGAGCCCCACUCAUUCCAAAGCCGGCUGCCUCUGCCAGAGCCCUGGCGAGGUCUUCGGGACAAGGCCCUGGACCAGGUCAGUGGGAUCCCUGGCUGCAUCUUCGUCCAUGCCAGCGGCUUCAUUGGUGGGCACCACACCCGAGAGGGUGCCUUGAACAUGGCCCGUGCUACCUUGGCCCAGCGCCCACACCUCCCACAAACCCCCUAGUCCAGUAAAAUUUCUUCCAUCUCAUACUG